AUUACUUUUCUACCAGGGAAGUCAUGACUCCAGGUGGACAUCAUUAAAGCCUCUGAGCAUUACAGACUAAUUACAGGAUUUAUCAGUAGGCUACUUUAUCACACUCGAAAAUCAAGUUGAUUGAUGUUUUUGAGACAUCUUUGAGUAGAGCACACUUAAUCUUGUCACUCUUCUAUUGUGCAUGCAGCACGUGGCCAAGAUCUGCUUAGAAUUAGUUUGUAGCGUGCAACUGAAACACAGCUAGAGACAAAGUGUUAGACAUACAGUCAAGACACAGAGAAAAACAAUGAGUCUAACAGAAGUUGCAUUUUUUUUGUUGUUGUUGUUGCUACCUUUGUUUCGAUCACUUUUGUUUCUGUCAGACACUGGAGCCAGUGAGGUCUCAUGUGACAGCAGGGGGAGACUGAGAGCCAAGAGAGAGACCACACCCAGCAGUAGGUGGAUCGUAGUUUGGAGGAGGAGCAGUCAUAUCAGCAAAGCGCAGUCACUAGCUUUUUGUACCACAGUACCACAUUCACACAAGGAGAGGGGAAGGAAACAUCAGUGCAGACAAAAGAGAGCUGGAGGUGUUUACCCCUGCAGUGGGUUCCACACGGAUUAUUCAGCCAUUCUUCCCUCAGCAAACCUUGCUCUGGGAUUUAUGUCACUUUCGACUUUUAUUUUUUUGUUUUACUCUUGGAAGUUCAUGUAUUGCUCACUUUGGACCAGUGGAUCCUAUUUGGACUCGCAUUGAAAUUAUUUUAGCCAUUUAUAUUACAGCCAGCUUUACAUCGUGGUGUUCUCGGGGCCAGUGGUUAUGUCCCGCAACUGACAUGCAACCUCCGUCCAGACCACAAAACCGGUCCGAUGGCUCGACCGCAGUAACGGCAAGAGGGGAGAGCGAAGGGGAUCCACCACUCGUCGGUGCCGCUGGAGCCCCGGCGCAAAACCCCAGUUCGAAAGACAGCGGCGAGCGGAGCCUUGGCCACCUCGGCUCCACCGGAGAAGGAGAGCCAGACUCGCCGCCCCGGUGCAGAACCAUAGCCACCUCUCCUGGCAACAGCCUAGGCGUGUUUCAAAAGAGGUCUAUAUUCAGCUACCCUCGUCGCUCGUCCAGUGGAUAUUUCUCCUUCGACAGCGACUCGCUACCGACCUCCCCGCUCUCCCCGAGGCCAGCCACGGCUGAACGAACCACGCAGACCCCGAGCCCCACCAGCCAGGUGAUGAAACACGCCUUGCAGCGCAUGGCGGAGGCGCACGGCGGAGGAGCGAGGAUGCAGCAGCAGCAGCACGAAAGCUCUCCCAGCCCCUCUAGCACACGGCAGCGAAACGCAGCAGGGGACAUGCAGGCGGAGGCAGUCGGACAAGAGCUCCGACGCAUCGGAGACGACUUUAAUAGACUUCUCCUGUUAAGGGGGGUGGCAGGUGGACAUAGACAUGUUGUGAUCCAUCCGAACCAGUUGCCACAAAUCCACCAGGAGCCUGCCGUGCUGUUGUGCGUGGGCCUCCUGCUCCUCGUGAUCGGACGAAUAAUCUACUACCACAGCAGUACGAACAGCCCGGACCACUCUCAGGUUUAGUCUUUGGAAAACCCAGCAGACGUAGCAAUUUUUUUCUUAAAUAAUGUAUCUGUGUUGUCGGAUCCAUCACAUCUUGAAUCUUCAUUUUGUUUUGGGGGACGUCAUUUUUAUUCUCCAUCUUUCUCUUUUGCAAAUGAGGAAGGAGACGUUGGACUCAUGUCUCAUGACUCAUUUUGAUGGAGAUUAUUUGUUAACACAUUCAAGGAACUCUAAAAACGCCUGUGUUUUUGUUUUUGCACCUGUAUUUUUGCUUCACGGUCUCUAUACCUUUGCAAUGCUACCAAAGAGCCAGGAUUUUGCACUCCUUUCCAGUGCAGAGGCAGUCAUGUCACCUAAACAUGCCUCUCUACAAAAUGACACCUUUGGAAAUUCAAUUGUGCCUUGUACAGUUUCCUUUUUUUUGUUUUAGCUUCUUUUAAGGUUUUUUUUUUUUUUUUUGUACAGAGCUUAUGAGUUCCCUGGGUGAUCAACUCUGCAGACCCAGGGUUGUUAAAGUACCUAGGUCUGGUUAACAAAAUUUUCCCCAAACUUUUCCCUCUGAAGAUCUCAGUCCAGGAAAAAUGAUCUUGCACUCCUGUCACGCGAGGAUCCAGCAUGCCACAGACUCAUGACCUGUGUGGGACACAACUGGGCCAAAUUUUUGGCACACAAUGUUCAGAAACUACUGUUUUAUCCAACUUUCUGUUACCAUGAAAUACACGUCUUCUUAGAGUCAACUGUACAUCAGCAUUUUCAGCCACAUAAAUGUAUUAUGCCUAAAUUUUGUACUAAAUCACACAGAUACAGAGUUUUACAAGUAAAGCCCGAUUCAGACUAGAUUAAGAUUCCAGGGAGAGGUGAGGUGGGUAAUGAAAUAUUUGUUGCGGUCCUUAGCAACUAACCUGCUUGUCCAGGAUAAUAUUCAUGCUGUUGACAAAUUCUAGUAUUUGGUUUGUAGAGCAGAAAUAAUCUGAGGGACAAUCAUUAUCACCAGAAAAGUAGAUCUCUGCUUGCAAAAACAAAUAAUUGGGACUGUAUAUAAUUCCUGUGGCAGGGGAAGAAUAAAGCGCUCUGGACUGAUCAGCAGGUAAAAUAUUAAAACUACCCAACUUGCCCUGAAAAUGAAUUAAGUUUGAAUUUAGCUUAAUAUUGUAUUUGUCUGCAUUAUUCAUAAAGUGUCAAUUUUGUUUUGUGUCAUAUUCUAAUACCCUGCAUCAAGUUUUAUCUACAGCAGCUCCUGCUUCAUCAAAUAUGUAAUCAGGUAUCAGUAAUCCAGAUUUUUAUUCCUUCAAAGGUACUUUAAGUAGAUGCACAAAGAUUGCUGAAGUUUUCUGAACAAACAUGCAUAUUAUAGAAAUUUCUAGUCUUGGAAAAUUGCAAAAUUAAUGUUUUAUCCAUGGAUUUCAAGAGUACUUUACAACUUAUUAAACAGCAAUUGGUACAACAUAGACAGUAUAACUUGUUCAUGUGUAAAGUGAACCUGCCCAGAUAGAUGUUUAUAAAAAACAAAUAAAAAAUGACCCACUGAUAUUAGUAUAUUGAUACUGUGCCAACCUCCGAGUGACUGAUACUCUAGCUUUGUUUUAUACAGGAAAGCCUGUGUGUUUCUGUAACCACUACAGCCACUAGGCACAUGGUCCUCCACACACAUACACACACUAAAGUGUUUCAUGAAAUAUAUCCAAGAAUUUCAGAAUCACUUUUAUCACCAAAUACUAUCUGUGUACAUGGAUUCUUAGAGAAAAAAAACAGUAAAAAGCAUUAAGAGGCUUCAUUUUCCUCUUUGCUCCGGUUGUAUUCAGCAUUAAAAACCAAAGAUUUUGCACGUUAAUGUUCAGAAGCAGGAGCAGAUUAUUUCACUUGUUAAUGCAACGAUGAGAUUUUAAUACUUGUUACUGAGCUGCCCAAUUAGUGAAACUCAAAAGAACAACACGAUGAACAAAAUGAAUAAUCAAAUUAUGUCAAUCAUUUACAAACCUUAGUUCGACGACGUUUCAAUAGUCAAAGCAGCUUUUUCUGUAGUGAGUGAUCAAACAGUACCGUCUUCCACCGUUCUCUGUCUCAGCCUCUGGAUUUACCAUUAGCAGCCGGACUGAUGUAGCUGACAUGUGUUGGUUUGUUGACAAGGUCAUGGUAUCCGUUUAUUAGUGCAGUGAUUCAGACCCAGCCAAGUCUCCUCACGCCUGCCAGGUCAUUAAACACUCUGAGAGAGAGAGAGAGAGAGAGAGAGAGAUUUCUGGACAGAAACCAAACACUGAAUAACACAGAGUCAAAGAGGGGUUUUUGUUACUGACUGGUUACAGCAAACAGUGGUGAUACGGGCUUCAGAUUACGUACAUUUAUUCUUAUCUUUGUGCUCAUUAAAACAUAUCAGUUCUGGUCACUGUACUUUUUUAUUUAUUGGCUUGUGAUUACUAAAAUGCAUGAUAGCAGUUACAGCUUAUUAAAAACUGAAGCAGAGCGACGAUACCCAGCUUGUGAAAACCUUAUAUGCAAAAAAUAUGAAAUACCUGGAGGAUGCCGUUUGAAAUACGUCAGUUUCUUUAGUUAAACUGUUCAGUUUUAGGUGUUCAAAGAUACAGUGUUGAACAAGAAUUAUGCAAGGAGAAAAAAAAAUGACCCAAGCACCUUAAAUGGCUGAGAGUAUAUGCAUGUUCAGCAUGAGGGAUGUGCUGUGCUGCUCUUUAUCUUAGGUGGGGGAACUUGACCAGAUGUGCAAUUGCCAAACCAACCAGUGACUCCUCAACAGUGAAGCCUUCUGUCUUCAGAUAAAGCAUUAAUCUCCCAAACAGGACUAUUUAUAACCUAGACUGGGUGUGGGUUCACCAUUUUCUGCCACACAGUAGUAAACAUCAAACACUGUAUUUUAAUGUUGACCAAAGAGAUUUGUGCCAUCCUGUAUGUUGUUUUGAUCGGUACCAAUCAAUCAGAAAGCCAGAGUAUGUUCAUUCAGGAAUCGCAUUUAAAACUUUGCUCUUCAUUGGAAGUUCAUCUGUUUCACAUUGCAGAUACUGUUUUGUUAUUUGUGUCACAUGUGCUGGAUUUAAUCGUCUAAAACAAAUUAGUUCCGCUCCGUGUGAGGCUACCCACACAGGAACAGCAAAUCAGAACAGCAACAGAAGUUUUGUUGUAACACAAUCAAUAACUAAAUUCAUCUGAGUAUGUUUGAGUCACUCCUGGGUGUUUCCGUUGUCCUGUCAACAGCCAUUCAUCACAGAUUAAGUGUGAUCCUGGCUUUCAUCAUUCCCAAACUCUCAUUCCAGCAACUCUGUAACCUGUGAAAUCACUUUUUUUUUUUUUUUAAUGGUUAAAUCAGCUGUUCAGCCUCAAGAGUUUCAUUUUCUAACAUCCUACUCUGAGUCGAUGGAUUAGUGUCAGGUUGUCAGCUCAGUAACUGAAGCUUGUUGACACAUGUUUUUGCACGCAUAAAGUACAUGGUGGAGACUUGGAUGAUUUAUUUCUGUGGAUAAAAUCGACAGAAGAACCUGCUUUUGUACAGAUGUCGAAACUUCACCAGCUGAUCCACCUCUCACGUGAAAACAGUCUCACAAAAAUAAUGUGUAAAGGACAGAAUCAGUCAGAAAACAGUUGUAAACGAUGGAUUAAACUCAGAGGCGGGGCCAGAAUCUGACUGGCAACCCGACAUUACUUGUUGGAAAGUCAGUCAAACAACCACAAAGAGAUACAGGACAACCACAAAAACACACAAACUACCACUGCACCACAUUCAAAGUGUUUUUUAAACCCUUUAAACCUGCCCCUCGGUAAAUCUACUUUUGCCCAAUUUUCAUUCAUCGGUCACUAAAGUUUAAAACUUCUCAUGUCAUUACGUCCACAUUUACUUUUCACCACGCUGUAUCACACUACUUUCUGUUUCUAGUCGUGUUUCCUCCUUGUCGUUCAUUUCCUGGUAGAGAUUCAUGUAAAAGAAGAUGAAACAUUUCAGAUUAGUGACACACAAUAUUCUUUUGGAGAUGCAAACGUUUCACGCUCGUCUUCCUGUGUACCAAAUUUACUCGCUUUGCUUUUCCGCCGCUGUGACACUGAGAGCGCUGUGACUGCAUGUUGAUUUGUGAUAUUGUGCCAUGUGAAACCUUAGACCUCAUUUUGAAGUACUGUAUUAGAGCUGGAGUGUGAGAGGAGAGCAUGGCAGGGAGGAAACCGAAAGAUGAAUUACCGUCUUCUGAAACUGAUAUGGAAACCUAGUUAUGUGUUGAUUCAUCAACUAACUUUAGUAGGUGUCGCAGCACAGAAACAGUUGUGUGACAUUUUACUUUUACUGGCUGGUGAUUUGUAUUUGUUUGAGCUUCGAGGAUUAAUGGAACAGGAGAAUAAUUCAAAGUCAAUGAUCUGUCCACAGGAAAAGCAACAUUUAUACUUCCUCUUCCUGUUUUUUUCAUUGGAUCUGUUAAAAAGUUAAAACACAUGAAGUAUAGGGGGCCCAGAGAGACUGAGGUGUGUUGUGCUUUGCUGCAAAUGCUGUACAGAAAUGCAUCUAUUGGAGCCUGUUUGUGCAGAAAUAGAAACAAACUAAUAUGAACGACUCCAAACGACCCAGUUCAAAUGUAGCAAUGAUUUUUUUUUUUGUUUAUACUGUUGUACAUUUUGAAAUAUUGUAAUUAUGCUGUUUUAAUUGCUGUAAAUAAAGCAUUUUCAUCUUUUUACAUUUAA